GUUACUAUUUCAUCUCCUUUAUGACGCUCUUCGCCCUCUUCCCUCGCCAGUCUUCGUCCUUAGCUCCGUCUCUAUCAUCCAUCGCCUUCCAGACGGAGUCCCCUUCAUCACGGCCCCUCCGCUGCUUCUGAUUCCAUCAAAUCAUGACGCAUCACUCUCCCCGCUAUAACUCCGGUUUCCCGUUGCAUAUCUCUUCAGCAUCCUCGUUACUGACGGCCCCAUCCGAGUUACAUCAAAUACCACUGCGGAAUCGCUACACAACCCCCGCUGUUAUCGCCUCACCCGGGUCUCAUCGCAGGUUGCCUUCAGGAUUGGGAGGGUCUUGCAGUACCUGACAGCAUCCACUGAUUAGCUGUCAUUCCUUCUGUGGUCCAUAUUGCUUUUCGUCUCCUUGGAAUAUUCUCUACGCCAGGACAAUGGUGUAGCGUUUGUUCCCAAGCUUCAAGUCAACGGUAUAUAUUAUGGGAACCAUUUUCUGUUAGGACGGGCGUCGAAACCGCGCAAAGACUUAGGGCGGGACAAGCCUACCCUCGCCAUCUGAUCUAACCUUCAGACAAAUAAAUACAACUUUUUGUGCUGCACAUCCUUGUCAUACUCUUCGGCGGAAUUCUUUGAUCAUGGCAGAGUCUAUACCCUUCUGCGAAGAUGAGCGCUCCGUGGAGCUAUCAUCUAUUGCUGCCAUAUAUCCAGAGAUCAAGAUCGAUCCCUCGUUCUCCUUCAAGGCAUCCCUCUCCUUACCCGUCGUGCCUUCAACACCUUUGCAUGUCUAUUUCGACUCUCCGUCUGAUGCUGACUUCACAACUGUUUUGACUCCCCCUACUUCGGUCGACACGAGCGAUGCGAGUCUUAACUCGGCUAUAAAGGGUGGGUUUGGUAGCUCUGCUCCCAACGCAGGAAGGGAUAUCCAUGCCCUUUCAUAUCUUCCUCCUCUCGAAUUAGAAAUCGAAUUACCCGACGGCUAUCCCUCUGAGAAACCACCGAUAUUCAACAUCAGAAUCUAUCCACAGUGGCUGACAUCCUCGCGUAUCUCCGAACUCCUAGAUGACGGACACCGUCUCUGGGAAGAAGGCGGAAAGGAGCUCGUCGUUUACACAUACAUUGACCACCUCCAACAAUUAGCAGAAACAGCGUUCGGUAUCGCGGACAGUCCGGAUGGCGAAGUACUCUUUUCUAGAGACUUGAAGAUAGCGUUGUUGGAUUUCAACAACAAGGCCGAACGUGAGAAGUUCGAACAGGAAACUUUUGAAUGCGGCGUCUGUCUCGAACCUAAGAAGGGGGCGAGUUGCCACCGUAUGCUACAUUGCUCGCAUGUCUUCUGCGUUCCGUGCCUUCAAGAUUUCUAUAAUGCAUGUAUCACAGAAGGAGACGUCGAUGGUGUCAAGUGCUUGGCCCCUGACUGUGCUAAGGAUGUGAAAACCAUUCCGGAGUCAACGGGGGAUCCGGCGAAGAAGCGGAAGAAGCACGACCGGACACUAAGCCCCAGCGAGCUAUUGCAAAUACCUUUAGAGCAAGAGACUGUGCAACGUUAUGUUUUCCUCAAGCGGAAAAAGAAGCUGGAAGCUGACAAGAGCACCGUAUACUGCCCACGGCAGUGGUGCCAGGGUGCUGCUCGUUCAAAAAAACAUCCGAAACCCGUUGACCCUAUGGCUGAUGAUUUUGACGACUCCGAUGAAGACGAUGGUUUCGUUUUUGACCCUAUGGGAGAGGAAUCCCAGUUGCCCCCUAUGGCUGACCGUGUGGCUAUCUGCGAGGAAUGCAACUAUGCGUUCUGCUGUGUCUGCAAGAAGGGCUGGCAUGGCGAGCUUGAACGAUGUUUCCCGCGUCGACAAGCCGAGUUGUCGGCGGAGGAGAAAGCCACAGAGGAAUACCUCAGACUGUAUACUUCUCCAUGCCCCACUUGCAAUGCCCCCUGCCAGAAACGAAUGGGUUGCAACCAUAUGAAAUGUUUCAAAUGCGACACCCAUUUCUGCUAUCUCUGUUCAAGUUGGCUUUCAGAAGACAACCCGUACCAGCAUUUCAACAACAUCAACAGCAGAUGCUAUAAUCGUCUUUGGGACUUGGAAGGUGGCGAUGGUAUCGAUCCCGAGGGGGCUGAGGCUUUACAUCGCAUACCAGAGGCUCUGAUCGAAUUUGACGACCUAAGUGAUGACGAUGAAGAAGAUAAUCCUGUCUGGGAGUUUGGUGAUGACGAUGACAUUCCUCGCAGGCAACCACCUCCACCUGCUCCAGCGCCUCCACGAGUAAACAGAGCUGGGGGUCAUGGUAAUCGCCGGCAACGUCGAAAUCAGAAUGACUUAGACGCCGCAGGCCGUGCUGCGGCUGCGGAGCGGCAGGCGCAGGCGCAAGCUAUGGCCGAGAUGCGAAACCGCGUUGAUGCUGGGCGGAAUCAGCAAGGGCCGGCUCUGCGACCUGGACUUCAGAGGUUCCUAGACCUCGUUAUAAAUGACCGUGAAGAUGAAUGGGACAGUGAUGAAUUGGACGAUGAUUUUUGAAUCUUGGGAACCUCAAACAAAAUGCCGAGUUUUUUUUCCCUUUUGGGCCAUCUAUCUCCUUAAUUUCCUUAACGAAUUCCCUCGCGCGAUUGACGAUCAUGACACAUUUUGCAUCAUAUCAACGAUAUGUCUUUGGAUAUUAGCAUUGGCAUUGCAUGGCAUGUGUUUGUCUGUUUGUAGAAAGAAGCGUUCUCCUUUUUCCUUACUUGCUUUGUUUCCCAUCCUCCCUGUACAACAUUACAUAGUCUAAAACGAAAAUUUGAUCACCUCUUGUCUAUGUCUGAUUCUUAUAUAGACCCAAUGGAUGAUACAGGAAUUCAUUCCCUUUUUUUUUUUUUUUUUUUUUUUUU